ACCAUAAAAUAUUAACAUUGGAUCGAGCGCUCCAAAAAUAGCGGUUUGUUUUGCCCAGGCGAUCCUAGUUUAGGAGAUGUACUCAUAUUGUAGUCUGCCAUGAUCGGUUAAUUUUCUAGUUUAAAAUUUAGUCUCAAUAUCAUAUUAUAUUUUAUCUUUUUCUUCAAAAAUGGGCGUCCGUGGUCUUCAAAGUUAUAUUCUUGCUAAAUGCCCAGAUAGUCUCAUACCUGUCGAACUCACAGCGAAUACCGAUAAGAAGAAAAGGCUUAUUGUCGUUGAAGGAUGGAGUUGUUUACGUUCGGUGUACGGUCCUCACAUGGACUUCAUCUGUGGAGGACAGUGGCAAGAAUUCAGGGCUUCAAUCCGUCGCUUUGUCAAUACCUUCCAACAGGCAAACUGUGAACUUGCUGUGUUCUUCACUGGAGGGAUAGAGGAUGACAUGAGGGCAGAGUGGGCCCGCAAGAAGUCACAGAACAGAGACACUGUUAACAUGGUCAUGCAGGGGCUUCGACAGCGAGGCUACGCUCCCGACCGUAAACAUUUCCUCCCAAACGAGACUCAUCCACAAGUUUUCAGACAGGUUUUAUUGAACUGCCACGUGAAAGUCAUCUCGACUCCAUUUUCUACGGACAAAGCCAUGGUAGAAUAUGCUCAUAAGCACAACGCAUACGGUAUCCUGGCCAACGAUUCAGACUUUAUAAUGAUGAACGCUCCCCGAUACCUCUCUCUUCACCAUCUCAGGAUUUCUGGGAACACCAUAUCCACGGUAAUCAUUGACCGUGAGAAAAUAUCUGAUUGUCUAAGUUUACCGCUGACUCUGUUUCCGCUGCUGUCGUGUCUUUUGGGUAACGAUGUUAUCAACUACGAAAUGCUGGAAGAGUUCCACCGACGACUGCUUAAAGAUUCAGAAGAAGAAGAAGGAGAGAGAAAGAAAGAUGAAAAAGAAGGAAUACAACUGGUGUCCGCAGUAAUUGAUUUCGUAAAGGAGCUCGAUCCUGAGAUUAGGACAGACAUCUCCUGUAAUGUCUCCACCAUUAUCAAACAGGUAUUGCCAGAAAGUGAGAACACUGAAGAGAUUGAAGCUCUAUUCCUCUCUGGCUUGGAGCAGUAUAAAGAAUCACAGCCUAUUCCUGAUGAAACUGAACCUGUACCAUCCACUGUGGUGACAGUAUCUGUAGUAGAGAAAGAGAAAGUAAAAACGAAACCGAAAGAGAAAGGAGCAACUGAUGAAGUAUCGGAAGAAGUUGACGAAGCAGAAGACAACGAGGAGGAGGAGGAAGAAGAAAAAGAGGAGAUUAACGCUGUUGAUGAGAUUACUGAAAUGAUCGGAGAAGCUAAAAUCGUUGAUGAUGGAGUUACCGAAAAAACUGAAGCAGUAGUGCUGGAAGGGGAGAUCAAAAUAGAAGAUAUCAAAGUAGAUGAGGUCAAAGUAGAUGAGGUCAAAGAAGAAGAUAUCAAAGUAGAAGAGAACAAAGAAGAGGAUAUCAAAGAAGCAGAGAUCAAAGAAGAGGUGAAGGAAGAGGUGGUCAAGGAAGAGGUCAAGGAAGAGGUCAAGGAAGACGAUGUCAAAGAAGAAGAGAUCAAGGAAGAAGCGAUACAAGAAGAGAAUACUGCCGAAGAAGACGAAGUUAAAGAAGAAUUUAGCGAAGAAACUAGCGAAGACAACGAAGGAAACGAAGAAAUGUCGAAUGAAGAUAGUACUAAGGAUGACGAGCUACCUCAAAAACUCAUAACUGUACCAGCUAUAACGAGCAAGGUCCUGAGCAGCGCUGCGGCAGCGCACGCGAGCGGUACGCUCAACACUCAUCUGUACCCUCUUAUGUGCACUGGCACCCUGUCUUUAGGGCCACUUUUUGAGGAUAACAAGGAUAAGGAUACGGUCUCGUCAGCUCUUUUGUACAGGACCGCAAGACAGAGAAUCUACGGUCUUGUCUUCGGAGUUGGUCGCGGAUGGGUAAAAUCUGACGCUAAACGGCAGCGCAGCACCAAGAUAGAUACACAACGUCAAGUGAUCGUCAAGGAGUUUAUAGUUAACGGUUCUAAGAGGAAUCUGGUGGAUGGGGAAGAGGUUCCAGCAAUGCCGGUUCACGCUCCCAAUGCAAAACAACCCGCUAGAAAACCUACCCCCCACAUCGACCGACUGUGGAUCGGAAUGAGUGCUAAAAUACAAGAGCUGAGACGCAGUACCCUGCUCGCCAUCAUGAACAGCAACAUUCCUUCAUUCUUUAGUCCUAACAUUAUUGCUAAUGAAUACUUGCUGGUAUGUAUAGUUCUGCGGUACAUCCUUACUACUGGCAACAAGGUAUUGCGGGAGUACGAACUGGACGCCUUCCUGGCAACCGCCUUGUCUCCUCAACUUCACUUUGGACCUAGCCACUUGUACAAAAUUACUCCAGGCCGUCUAACAUCACGUGGGUGCACGCUGGCGCACAUCUUCGUGCGCGGAGUUGAGACUCUCCUUCUGGCUAACGACGCUUGUAACUACCCCAUCAACCGACGCUUCUGCUUCAUUGGCAACUUCUUUGACGGGAAGCUCUUCCAGCUGAAACUUGGACAGUGCAGAGCUGGCCUCUCACUCCUCGACAUUUGCGAUGGUGAUCUUGGAGCCGUAGAUUAUUUCCGACAUUUGCGCUGUGUGGUUGCAGAAGAACUGCCCCGCUCAGUGUUUGCAUCUCCACCACUUGGACCAAUGGGACCUCCUCGAGGGGUUCCUGGUAGGGGGCCACCACCCAUUAGACCACCUCAUGAUGGAGGGAGAAUGAGGUCCAGUGAACCCAGGCCUCCUUAUAACAAUCAUGGAGGUAACCGUGGAAUGUACAGACCUUAUGGCCCACCUGUUAACAACUCCCGGCCCCAGUACCGACCACCGUACGGACCUCCCCCUCCUGGACCUUACUCUCAACCUCCUUCUCCAGCUGGCCCUUAUAACCAGCAUCCUGGAAAUGGUCCUUACAACCAGCCACCUGGACACUACAACCAGGGGGGGUCCCAGCCCUCUCGUCCCCAACACUUCAACAACCAACAACCUCAACCGCACAAGCAGUACAACAACAGACGAUACCCUUCUAACAACUACGAGCAGAACGAUAACUAUCACGACAACAACUACAACAAUUACAGCAACGGUAACAGCUACAAUAACAACAGCAAUAACAAUAACAGCAACAACUACCAAUCCGGAGGAGGCUACAAUAGAAACCAGGAUUCCUACUCUAACAUGAACGGUAAUAACUACUCAUACAAACAAGGAGGAGGAGGCGGAGGAGGAGGAGGAGGAGGAGGUGGCGGAGAUGGACCACCACAGAACGGUUACUACAGGGGUGGGGACCAACAGCACUACUCACGGGGAGGCGACAACCCCCCUCAACAGCGCGGCUUCAAUAACCAGAUGUUCGGGGGCAACAAGAUACCCGGGGGAGGGUUCAAAGAUAACGAUCCUUAUGGCAAGAGAAAUGUGCCUGACAGAUCUGAUACGAAACAAUGGAUAAACUUCCUAGGAAAUUAAUUGCUUCGACAACGAAGGAACAUAAAUCUCAAGAUCUGAACAAUCUUUAUCUCAUGAAUAUUUGAUAUUCUGAAAUUUUAUUUUCAAAAAACUGAUUUAUAACAAGUACGAUACAUAUUUAACUUUUUUCUCGCAAUGAUAACAUAUAAUUAAUAAAUUUAACUAUCCGCUAUAUUUACAUGUAAGCAUUUUCAAAAGACCUGUAAUUUAGUUACCAAGUAUCCUCUACAUGGCACUGUCACAUGACUUGCUUGGCGCAAGUUUUUACCUCGUAUAUCGUGGGUUCCGCUGAAUAUGUUUUACCACGUGGGAACCACGUGGUGCGAGGUUACGUCUCCUUUUGCUAGAAGUUGUCCCGAUCCAACUUCGGAGCGGAAGUCGAGAGAAAGUGACAGAUCUCCACCUUAUCCAUUUACUGCGUUCUCCGUUUUUAGGGAACUUAAAACUUUUAGCAUUUUGAUUUUCUCAUGAUAGAGGCGCCGUUGAUGGGCAGUGUUUCAUAAUUAUUGUAUUUCCAAGAUUCAAUAAUUUCUGUCAUGUAGAGAGUUGUACCAAUGUUUAAUAUUACUACCUGGUCAA